UCGCGACGGAUCUUGCCCCACAACCCGCCCAACUCGCGACAGCACCACCCACCAACCUUAUCUCUCCGCCCAGCCCACCCUCCCCCUCCGUUUUGUCGAAAGAGCAGACCCACCACCGACCCGCGAAAAGGCAGCGGCGGUCGGGUGGUGGGGUGGUUGUGAAAUCAAAAAAGACCGUGGCUUGUUCUAAGGGGGAAAUAACCCCAACCCGGGUCCUUUCGGCGGAUGAGGCGAAUUUGGUUAAGGCUUUUGCCGUAAAUCAGACUUGGUGUGAAACUAAUCUUGAGGAAUUCAUGGAAAUUCUUAAACAUCAGGGAUGGGUAAGUCUAUUUUGUGAUUAUUCUAAAACCUCCAUAUUUCCGGAUGCUAUGAAUGAAUUUCGCGCGAAUUUUAAAUAUGUGGAUGGUGUUUGUUCAAGUAGUGUGAAUGGAACAGCGUUUGAAUUUAAUGCUGAAUAUAUUGCAAAGUUAUUGAAUAUUCGUAAUGAGGGAUUUGAUUUAUAUGUGAAAGGAGCAACCGCUUAAAUUCAGAUUGGUGUGAUGACUAAUGAACAACUUGUGGAAGCAAUAGGAGGAGAUCUUAAAGUGUGUUCCUUAACUAACCAAAGCUUGUUUCCCACCCCUCUACAAAAACUACUUUUUAACCUUGUUCGUAGAGGUAUUGUUCCUCGCACUCAAAAGCGUACCUUGGCCAACCUCUAUGAUGCUUCUUUGAUGUAUUGCCUUGAACACAAAAUACCAAUCAACUUUCCUGCCUUAAUGAUUAAACACUUAUCCCAUUGUGUUCCUUCAGAUUAUAAAGUUGGUUAUGCUUCAUUGUUGACAAUGGUGUUUAGGAGUUUCUCUGUGGAUUUGCGUGACUAUGGAGAGUUGAUGGUCACUAGUCAACAAAUUGUGCAAAGUGAUUUAUUAAAAAGCAUGAAUCUACAAGUAGUUAAUGGGAGAUUAUGUUGGGCCAUGGCUACAGUGAAGGAACCUAAAAGUAAGGGGGAAAAAGAAGGUGUUCCUAAGGUAGUUCCCAAGAAGGUGGAAAAGGCUACUAAGGUGGUUCCUAAGGUGCCAAAGGAUGUUCCUCGUGGUAAACGUAGGAGCAUAAGGGUAGCCACUAGAGUUCCUAAGGUCAUUGUUCCUCCGGUGUUCGUUGACAUAUCUUGUGACAAUGAGGAUGAUGAUGGGAACGUAGAGGUAUUGGAGGACACUGUUGAAUUUGAAAAGGAGGAAAAGGAAUCCACCCCUGUUCCUACACCAAAGGUGGAUAGCCCUGUUCCUCAACCAAGGUACAUCCCUGUUCCUCCCUCUCCUACUGUUCCUUCUUCCAUUACUGGCUUUGGUGGGUUUGCUGCUUUUGGUUCUUCAAGUUCCUUAGGAUCUCAUGAUCCCAAUAAGGAGGAACUCAAGGAACAUGUUAUCAUGUUGAGAAAGGAUAGGGAUAGAAUGAUAAAGCUUCAAGAGUCCACAAAUUCUAUGAUACUACAACUCCAGAAUCAGAUUACAGCCUUGUUAUCUGGAGUUCAACCAAUGGAUUCAAGUCCUUCCCAUACUUGAGGAUCUCUUUGCCAAAAUCUAACCUUGUUCCAUCCCAAUUUCCAAGAUCCCAAAUUUUUUGUGUGUGUGUGUGCUACAUUACGCUUUAUUUUCAUUUUGGAACUUUUUAUUUUUUUUUUGGUUUGUACUCCUUUCAUGGGAUACAGUUACAUCCUUUAUUUCCUUUAUUUUAUUUUAUUUCCUUUAAUUUUAGUGGAACUCAUCAAUGAACGUAUCUCUAAAAUCAUGACUAGUUAUUUAUUAUGUUUUCUAUUCAAAUCUAGUACGUUGGAACUUAACUUUGAGGCUAACUUAGUUUGCCAACCGUUGAUCGGAGGGCGCUCUAAUCGGUAUAUAUUAGUAUUGUGUAUUUCUACUUUUUGUUAAUGCCAACAGGGGGAAAUGAAUGCAAACUUAACUUAAAUUGAUCACUUGAAUCCGUCUCACUACUCUCUUCUCGAUGUAAGUUUAUAAAAUUUUAUUUCUCGUUUUUAAUUUUAUUUUCGUUUAUUAAAAUUAAUUUCAAUUUUCCUUA